CAAAGGCACGAUCUUUGGUCAACAGGCGAGUCGUGCCCACGCGGAUGACAGAGAACUCCCGGCAAAGAGACGGUGAGCAAUAGAACAAACAAAUAAAGGUAGAAGACAUUCCUCGCCUUCGACUUUCACGAUCAAAAUUCUCACAACCACUCUCUUCCUCUUCCAGCCAUCUUCAAGCAGCCAAACGCUCUUGCCAAGAGCCUAUCAUCCCGCCUUCCGUGUUUAGAGUUCCCACCAAUCAGUCCCAGUUAUUCAGCGCCUAACGUCAUAAUCAAAAGCUCCGGAAUCCGGGAAACCACCACCACCGCCCGCCAUGGCUAUGGAAGCUGGGCCGUGGAUCUCAUUGGGGUUGAAGGGGGCCAACAAAAUCAUCGACAAACACUUCGAAAGGGUCCCUCACAAGUAUCUCUACAGCGAUACCUACAAACCCAAAGCCCUCAAGAAGCGUCGCGACCGCAAGAAUUCCCAAGAUCAAAACAAUUCCGAGUCAGAGGAAGAAGAAGAAGUGGUGCAAGAGCGAAGUUUAGGCCCAGAAAGCGAUACAGAAGAGGUGCUCAGAGAUAAAGACGUCGUGCUAGGAAGAGAUAUGGGUCCUCCUAUGCCACGAGACGGUAGUUUGCCUGGAGGCGCGUAUUCGCAGGAAUCGCCGUACAUUCAACCUCCGUUCCCCAUGUACAGCCACGAGUCUCCGCGCGCGAGACCACAGUACAUGCCCGAGCAGGCGAUACCGCCAAUUGGUGUCGCAGGCGGCUAUUAUCCUCCUCCUCCGUCCGAGCACUUUGUCAAUUCGCCGUACGAUAAUCGGAGAUCGAGGGGAAGGAGAGAUUCGUGGGAUGAUGAGGAUGAUUAUUAUUCCGACUCGUACAGACAGCCGAGACGACCGAAGCCGGUGACGAGAAGGAGCAGCUCGUACCAUGGACCGAGAGGCAGUGGCAGAGGCAGAGAUGAUUCUGAUAGUGAGGACAAUAGGUAUGCAGCGUUGGUGUCCAAGAGGGGGAAGACUCCUUCCGGUUCCGAACAUGUUGAUAAGGCGAGACAUACGGCACACCGAUACAAAGUGAAAGAUGAGAUUGAGGGUAGCUUUACCAAAAGUAAAGCGGGCCUAGGAGGAGCUGCCGUAGGAGCGGUUGUCGCUGGAUGGGCUGCGAAUAAAGCACAGAUUGGCUAUACGAAGGAUGGAGGCAAGAAAGAUCCGAAUUCUCUGGUUACCUUGCUCGGAGCUGCUGUCGGCGGAUUGGCAGUCAAUGCUCUUGUUGAGAAGUACGAGGAAUCAAAGAGAGACACGGACGACAAGCAGGAUAAGUAUAAUGAUAAAUGGGGUAAAGACGGAGAUACCAAGAGCGAAGGCGGCAGGAGCCAGAAAAGCCAGAGACGAAAGGGAGACAAGGACAGAGAUUAUGGCAGCGAUGGUGGGAGAAGCCAGAGGAGUCGUAGGAGGAGAGACAGUGCUUAUGGAAGUGAUGGCUAUGACUGAUGAGAGAAAUGAUGGAUGGGAAAAAACACGAUACAUGAAGUUACGAUAACGACCACAAGCGGGCGUUAAUUGGUUUUCCUGGGUCAUGCAUGCGGUCUUUUCCUUGGAAAGCAGGAAUGUGUAAUUAGGUAGAUAACAUUGUAAAAAUAAUUCAGCAUACGAUGAACUUCUGCUU